AUGGCUCCCACACGGCCCCUCCGCUCGCUCCUCUCCACCGCGUCGUCGUCGCUCCGCCCAGCCCAGCCCGCAAAACGCUCCCUCGUGCGGACCUCCGCAUGCGCCUUCUCCACGUCGCCCCCCUCGCGGGGCCCCGAACCCGACACCGAGACAGCCGACCGACCGCGAUGGCAACAAACGCCGCCGCAGAUGCGAGCCCCAUUCCGCAUACGGCCACUAGCGAGGGGCGGCGUGUUCGAAGUGAACGAGGACCCCAAGCGGCUGGACGACGCAUACAUACGGAUGCUAGGGCCCGGGGGCGACCGGGUGCUGGACGACGAGGUCAAGUGGCUGGCGGUGACACAUAAGAGCUUCGAUCACGGCCGGCGGGGGUUCAACGACCGGCUUGCUUUUCUGGGGCGGAGGAUCGUCGAGCUGCAGACGUCGCAGGCUCUUAUCAAUUCGCCGCAGGAGAAUCAGUGGCCGUGCAACCGUGAAGGGGAGGCUGCGCUCGACGAGUUCGGCCGCAAGCCUUUCCUACACCCCGCUUUGAACGGCUUGCAGGGUCUGAGCGACGAGGCGGAGAGUUUGGUGCUGAAUAAGGAGCGGUUGGCGGGAAUAGCUGAGCGCUAUGGUUUGGAUAAGGUCACAAGGUGGAAGCCCAAGCGCGCCGACAACCUCAAAGGCUCCGGCCAAGACUCCGUGCUCAUGACCUCGCUGUAUGCCAUCGUCGGUGCUAUUGCCCUCGAGCGUGGCGGCGAACAGGCCAACAAGGUCGUGCAGGAUAGGAUCCUCGCGCUGCUGGGCUUCACGUUUUCUGUCGAGGCAUGAAUCUACCAAUUAAUUCGUCUUCGUCUUCGUGUUCACUGUAUACUGCGUGAAAUAUACUAUAGUUGUAAAGGACGGACAAGAUAUUGACUGUUGUGUGUGUGCUGAACUUCUUAAAUAUGGUGCUGAUGAGUUCGGGGAUGGUUGACGGUGUCAGUUCAGCGUGAGUGAGAUGGUAUG